AGCGCCAGAACCCACCGACGUGGGCCAACUACGAGCCUAUUUAGGGCUAAUUAACUACUACGGCCGAUUCCUACCAGGCCUAGCAAAGACCUUGGCGCCCUUGUACAAGCUCCUUCGUCAAGGAAUGAACUGGAGAUGGGGUGAAGAAGAAAAGACGGCAUUCAGAUGUUCAAAGGCAGCAUUACAGUCAGAUAAGCUACUAGUUCAUUACGAUCCGAGGAUACCUUUGUCGCUUGCCUGUGAUGCUUCACCGGUAGGGAUAGGAGCCGUGUUGUCACAUCAGUACCCGGAUGGUGGGGAAAGACCGAUUGCCUACGCGUCCCGUUCUUUGACCAAGGCGGAACAAGGAUAUGCACAGAUCGACAGGGAAGCAUUGUCAGUGGUGUUUGGGGUUAAACGGUUUCGACAGUACGUGUUUGGACACCAGUUUACCAUUUUUACCGACCAUAAACCACUGCUCACCUUAUUGGGGGAGAACAGAGGCGUACCAGCAAUGUGCUCCGGACGAGUGCAACGUUGGUCACUGAUGCUGUCCAGUUAUCAGUAUACAAUGACGUAUCGACCCGGAUCGUUAAAUAGCAAUGCAGAUGGGUUAAGCCGACUGCCAAGCAGUGGGGUGCCCGACGAAGAGGAAGAGCCUGUGGAGGCUGUGCUGGCAUUGCAGACACUGAGUUCAUCGUCAACCAAACCAAUCACCGCAGUCCAGAUACGACGGGGGACGGAGAGAGACCCAGUGUUAUCCCAAGUGCGUCAGUAUACGCUGACUGGAUGGCCAAGUGUUGUGGAACGAGCUGAUAUCCGGCCGUACUUUAACCGACGCUACGAGCUAAGCGUUUCAGGUGGCUGUGUGUUUUGGGGAGGACGCGUGGUAGUACCACCUCAAACACGAUCAUCAGUGUUAGAAGAGCUUCAUGUAUCACACCCAGGAGAAACAAGGAUGAAGGGGCUUGCUCGAAGUUUCGUAUGGUGGCCGGGCAUAGACAAGGAGCUGGAGAGAGUAGUGAAAGGAUGCCACACUUGUCAGGUACAUCGCAAAUUGCCGGCGUUGGCACCUCUGCAUCCGUGGGCACAAGCAGACAGAGCAUGGUCUCGCUUACACAUUGAUUUUGCUGGGCCGUUUCUUGGCCAGUCGUUCCUUAUCGUAGUUGACGCCUAUUCCAAGUGGCUGGAGGUGGACACUAUGACAUCUACGACGGCGCGCGUAACGAUCAAGAAGCUGCAGCGGUUAUUUGCAACACAUGGCAUUCCAGAGAUAGUAGUAUCUGAUAAUGGGGCUGCCUUUACCAGUGCUGAAUUUCGGCAAUUUAUGGAAGGAAAUGGCAUUAAGCACAUCUAUUCUGCGCCAUAUCACCCAUCGUCUAACGGGUUGGCAGAACGAGCAGUAGCAACCUUCAAAGGGGCUAUGAAGAGAAUGAAUUCGGAGUAUGGAUCAUUGGAGAGUAAAAUUGACAGAUUCCUGCUGCGGUACCGAAUCACACCACACGCUACCACUGGUGAACCACCGGCUCUCUUACUGCUAGGGCGGAUGCCGCGGAGUAGAUUGGAUCUACUACGUCCCGACUUGGCGGCCUAUACGUACAAGAAGCAGGAGCAACAAAGAAACGACCAUGAUAAGCGCAGUCGAGACCGAACGUUUGAGGUUGGACAGUUGGUGUACGUGAAAAAUUUUGGACAGGGCACGCCAUGGGUUAUGGCAACAGUGAAAGAAAGAACGGGUCCACUAUCAUUCCGAGUCAUGUUGCCUGAUGGUAGAAUGUUACGAAGACACCAAGAUCACAUUCGGUCGCGUCAACUGGAAGAUGACCCACUACCCAACGGCACACAUACAGACCCCACUGCAUCACCACCGGAGUCUAACAUGACGGAAGAACUGCCUUCAAUCGAGGUAACAAGUGAACCAGGAGGGAGCAUCUCGGAAACAAACGGUGACCACGGUGGUCAGGGGGAAACGGUUGGCCAUGAAGCAACCAGCAACAUGGAGCCGGCAUCAACCGGGGUCAGAAGAUCUGCUCGAGCAAGGAAGGCGCCGGACAGACUAGACUUGUAAACUAGCACUAUCAUACAAGUAGGGGUAAAAGACUUUAGGGGGAAGGGGUGUAGUAGGUUGACAUGCGAGGACGUGGGUCCGGUUGCGCGUGCGCGGUUUAGCUCUGAGUUGGCGGUUGUCUAAUAACACUUGAGUAGAGUUACUACACCUACACGUCUACAACGAAUGUUACUUCGCCUCCAAAGAUACGACCUGCAGAUAACAUACAAGAAAGGCACUGAACUCUAUAUUGCUGACACACUUUCCAGAGCCUUCUUGCAAGAACCAAACCAACAGAGUGAAUUUUGUCUACAAUUGGAGGAGAUCUGCAUGUCAGAAGGAUGGCCCGAGGAAGAAACACAGCUAGAUGAGAUCAGAGAAGCCACUAGCAAGGAUGAGGAGCUCCAGUGUGUAAUGCAGUUGAUAUCAACAGGAUUCCCUGCAACCAAAGCAUAUUGCUCCAACACCCGCCCAUCCAUAUUUUAACUGUAGAUUUGAACUGUCCGUGCAGAAUGGUAUAGUGUACAAGGAGAUUGCAUCAUCAUCCCAAGGACAUUGAGAAACCAAAUGAUCAAGAGGAUCCAUUGUUCUCAUUUGGGAGUUGAAGGAUGCUUGAGGUUGGCCAGAAAAGCGCUAUACUGGCCAAACAUGAAUACUGCAGUAAGAGACUUUGUGUCAACAUGUGACAUAUGCAAUUCUUUCCAACCGAAGCAACAACAGGAACCCCUAUUGCCACAAAAGAUCCCUGAUCGACCAUGGUCUCAAGUAGGAGUUGAUCUCUUUGAGCUCCAGGGUACACACUAUGUCAUAGCUGUGGAUUACUAUUCCAACUUUUUUGAAGUAGACAAGCUCCAAGACACCUGUAGUACAACCGUGAUCCACAAGCUAAAAGGGUAUUUUGCACGUCAUGGAAUACCAGAUGAACUCAGAAGUGACAAUGGUCCUCAAUUCACUAGCAAGGAGUUUGCCAGAUUCGUGCACGAAUCGCAAUUUAAGCAUACAACGUCAUCAUCCCACUACCCACAAUCAAACGGAAAGGUGGAGAACAGUGUGAAGUUAUGCAAAGCACUAAUGAAGAAGGCGAUAAGGGCUAAAUCGGACAUUUAUCUAGCCCUUCUAGACUUUCGGAACACCCCAACCGAAAAGAUACACUCAUCACCAGCACAAAGACUAUUUGGCCGCCGAACUAAAACCCAACUGUCAAUGUCAAAGAAAUUGUUGAUACCAGAAACAGUACCACCUGGAGAAGUCAAAGGAAAUCUGCACAAAAGCAAAGAGUCUCAGGCAAAGUUCUUCCAUCAGAGGCAAAACAAUUAUCAUCUAUUGAGCCAGGAAACACAGUCCAAAUGAAACGGCCAGGUGAAAUAGAGUGGUCGCUAGCCAAGUGUCUGAAGUCAAUAGGACCAAGGUCAUAUCUAGUAGAGUCGGGAGGACGAAAAUACAGGAGAAAUAGAAGACAGCUCAGACUCACAGGAGAACAAUUGACCAUACCAAGACCUGAGAACCACACUGACGAUGAUGAUGAUCCACCAUCAGCAAUGGAAACACCAGCUAACACAUCCCAACCCACAGACACACCAGAGAGUCAACCCCAAGUAAUGGAAACACCAGUGCAGAAACGGGAACAGGAUCAACAGAGGAGGAGACCCAACUCAACACCACAACACAAAACCACAGAGACAAGACGAGGAAGAACGAUACACAAGCCAGCAUGGAUGAAUGACUAUGACAUGACGUAGUGUUAAUUUUUUCUUUGUUAAGUUUUUUUGAAAAAAGGGAGAAUGUAACGAGAUAGCUUGACAUCACCAGAGUGACGUCAUACUAGUAGUUGUGUUCUACCAGUUUGUAAGCCGGACACAGUUGUUAGCGCGUAAUCUUGUUCAGUUGUGUUACAGCUGCUACUGUUGUAAGCAAUAAACUAGCAACACGUCACAAAA